UUUGAAUGAAAACAGUGCAACAACAGCGUCGAUUACACUCUUUAUAAUACGGACAGUGACAUUUUGUAGAUAGAGAGAAACAAAGAAAAAAAUUGCGAUACAAAGUGAGAAUUUUCAUUUAACAAUAUUCAUGACUGUUUUGUGUGUGCUGGCCUGUCAAUGAUACCGAAUCAACCAUAACGUCAACAAUAAGCAAAAACAGAAUUUUAUCUGGCUGAACACAAACAAUGGAUUUGGAGGACGAAGAUGAAGUAACUGAUAUCCGGGAACAGAUAUUCCAUAAUACGGUUCGCGAACAUAUUAUAUUUAUGCUGCUAGUCCUAUUGCUGUACAUUGGCUCGUUUAUGUUAAUCAACAAAUUUCGUCGACGAGAUCGAGAAGAUUUGUAUUCGACCGACUACGAUGAGAUUCUAGUGUAUCGUAUUAGUUUGUGGCUGUGUACACUAUCUUUAGCAGUUGCAGUUGGCGCUGCCCUACUCUUACCAUUUUCAAUAGCGAGUAAUGAAGUCUUAUUAUUGUAUCCAAAUAGCUACUACGUGAAAUGGUUAAAUAGUUCAUUAGUCCAAGGCCUAUGGAACUAUGUGUUUUUGUUGGCAAACUCAUCGCUGUUCAUAUUCUUACCGUUUGCAUAUCUAUUUUCCGAGUCGUCGGGAUUCGUAGGUCAUAAAAAAGGAGUAAUCUCGCGGGUAUACGAAACAUUUGUCGUGCUAGCACUGUUGGCCAUCGUAGUGCUUGGCAUGACAUAUGUAAUAUCAGCUGUAAUCGAUCCGGAAAGAAGCGGUUUUCAGACACUGAUGAAUCUGGGCUCCUACUAUCUACCGUUCCUAUACUCAUGCAUUUCAUUUCUGGGAGUGGUUGCAUUGUUGGUUUGUACGCCAUUUGGUUUCGUGAAGCUGUUCGGUGUUGUCGGCCAAGUAUUAGUAAAACCGCAUUUACUUCGUGAUGUCGACGAAGAAUUCCAAACAUUCAACUUAGAGGAGGCUUUUAUCCGUAGAAAGUUAGAAAACUCAUACAAUUGUGUCGCAGACAACAGUCAUCACCGAUCGUUGUACGACUCGGCCAAACUUUAUACGUCUGGCAUUGGCGAUUUGUAUAAAAUGAAGUCUGGAAAUGGGAAUUCUACGGAUGUGAAUCACUUACACGAAAGACUGAGAGAAUUGGAGUCUGAACGAAAGGAAUUAGAUAAACAACGUACCUCAACGGCAUUUCAACGUAAUUUUGUAUAUCCCAUCGCAAUGUUGUUGCUGCUCUUUUUAACGGGGAUAACGGUACUGAUUGUUGUGCAAAACACAUUGGAAUUGCUGAUUGGCAUCAAGGCACUGCCUUUAAGUACAAGACAAUUCACACUUGGAAUCACUUCGUUAUCGAAACUAGGUCCGAUUGGUGCGGCCCUAGAAGUGUGCAUAAUAUUCUACUUAGGGGCAACAUCUACGGUCGGUCUAUACACAAUGCCCUGGAUGCGAAAUGUACGGCCAAGAAUAAAGCAAACAUCACUAUCGCUGCUAAUCAUCAACUGUGCCCUCGUAUUAAUUUUGAGUUCGGCACAACCGCUCCUCUCGCGAAUUAUUGGAAUCACCAAUUUUGAUUUGCUCGGCGAUUACGGGGCCAUCGAAUGGCUGGGAAACUUCACGUUUGUGUUGGGCUACAAUUUGUGUUUCGGAGCGGCGACGACACUUUGUUUGGUGAACAAAUUCACUGCGACGGUUCGUCGAGAAUUAUGCGCUCGAUUAGGAUCAUUAUUCGGCUACCGAUCGACCCAAUGUAAUCAACAUUUCAAUGAUACCGCUAAUGUUCCGGAACCGGCUGAUUGUUUAAGUACAAAUAUUGAAACCAAAAAAUCUGAAUAGUUUUAGCAUUUUAGCAUUGACCCGAGGAUAUAUGCGGAAGGAUGGUAGUGUAGAGAUUAUUUAAUUUAUUUGUUAAUUAGUUUUGUAAACUGAGGAGAGGAAGAAGAUUUUAUUUUUAAAUUGCGUGAAUGAAGAGAGAGAGAUUUUUUUUGGUAUUUUACUUUCGUCGACUAUCGCACAACAAUUUCAGUUAAUAUUUUUCGAAAUUCAGAUUUUAAAAUUUUGUAAAUUUUUUGUUGCUUGUUUAAAUAAAGUGACUGUGUGAUGAAAGAUUAAACGUGUGCUGUUCUAAAAAUCAG